AUUUUGUUUUUGCAUCGCGAGCGGGACGGUCGUCGAAUCGGAUUCAAACUGGAAUUCGGAAAUAGCGGUAUAGCAGAGAGCGGGCGUUUUUGCCUUUCUGUGUGCUUUUGAAAAAAGUUUGCUUGAUAAAAGUGUAAAGAAAGCGGCGCCGCCAAGUGAGCUCGAGUGUGUGUGCGUGUGCUUCUGUGUUUUUGUGUGUUUGCAAAUACAAAAGUAAAACAGCCCCAAAAGCAACUACAACGUCUCGGGUUUGGCGGCGACAGCGCAGUAGCAGCGACGCAGCGGAGCAGUAGCAGCGCAGCGGCAGCGACGUCCAGUGCAUUUUGGUGCAAACUAAUUGUUGUUGUGAGAGCGAAUGUGUUUCAAUGAUGUUACUGCCUUCGGGGCGUUCGAAUAGUGAUGUCUAUCCGCUACAAAAUGCCGCAAACACAACAGCAACAUCGACCGGAGGAGGAGCCACAUCCACUGGAGGCGCGGGUGGAGGAGCAGGUGGAGCUGGAGUUGGAGUUGGAGUUGCAGGCGUAGGAGCAACAUCCAAGCCCAAGCCCUUGCUACUGACACGAACAUCAUCGCCUCAAUUGACAACGCUGCCGACAACAAAUGGCUCUGUUGUCCAUGCCACGCCCACCCGCUCCAACGGAUGUCCGCUGCCCCAAUCCUCCGGAAUCCCAGUGACAUUGGCAACAACAGCCACAGCAAUGGCAAUGGCAACAGCCACAACUGGAGGCCAGCAGGGAGUGGAGUGCCCUCCAUCAGCAUCGGCUACGGAGCUGGGCACUGGGUUAGCAAAUGGAACCAACUGCGGCACCGGCAUCUAUGGGCCACUUUUGGGUCAAAGUCAUGUGGGUGUCAUCGCUGGCAUGGCCGAAAAUUGGCCAGAAAUUGAUGGACACUUGGAGGGCAUACAGGAGAAGCUCAAGCCCGGCUGGAGUGUUCAUGUGGGCAAGGAGGGCAGGCUCUACUAUUGCAACCACAUGACGCAGUCUGCCGGUUGGCUGCCAGCUUGCGAGGAUUGGAGCAAGCACGAGGAGCUCUCGUAUGGCUGGGAGCGUGCCAUAGACUCCAAGGGUCGUUCCUACUACAUAAACCACCUGAAUAAGACGACCACCUACGAGGCGCCCGAGUGCAUACGCUGGGAUGAGCAUCCACCGGAACCGCGACAGGUACAGCUCCAGAGGAACGCCAGCCUGGGAUUUGGAUUCGUGGCCGGAAGUGAACGGCCCGUCAUCGUGCGAUUUGUGACGGAGGGUGGGCCCAGCAUCGGAAAACUGCAGCCGGGCGAUCAAAUACUGGCGGUGAAUGGCGAGGAUGUGAAGGACGCGCCACGCGACCAUGUCAUCCAGCUGGUGCGGGCAUGUGAGGCGCAGGUCAAUCUCUUGGUGUGCCAGCCCAUGGCGCACUGCGUCCUGCCUGGCCGGAAAUCCACCCUGCUUUCUGCGGGCAAGCGAGCCAAGCUGCGCUCGCGUCCUAGUCGAGUUCGCUUCGCCGAGAGUGUCUGCGUCAACGGAGCUCCACUGUUUCCGCCCUCGGCCUUCUCCCUGGGCGACAUCUGCGUACCGCCGAUGGCCAAUGUGCUGAAGGUGUUCCUCGAGAACGGGCAGACCAAGUCCUUCAAGUACGACGCCACCACGACGGUGCAGGACGUGGUCAGCUCGCUGCUGGACAAGCUAUGCCUCUGCUGUGGCGAGCUCUUCAGCUUGGUGCUGGAGCACGUGAAGAGCCUCAAGCGAAACAAGCUCACGCUGCUGGAUCCGCAGGAGUCGCUGGCCAGGAUUGCGGCGCGUCCGGGAGCGCACAAAUUGAGGUGCCUAUUCCGCAUCACCUUCGUGCCCAUCUCGGCCGCGGAACUGGCGCAGCGGGAUCUGCACGCCCUGGACUACCUGUACUUGCAGUGCUGCAACGAUGUCAACCAGGAGCGAUUCGCCCCCGAGCUGCAGCCGGAAUUGGCCCUGCGCCUGGCCGCCCUCCACAUGCACCAGCACGCCCUGGCCAACAACUUUGCGCCCGCCAAGCUCACAGUCAAGCUGGUCGAACGCGAGUUCGGGCUGGAGCGCUUUGUGCCGGUGAGUCUGUUCGAGGGCAUGAAGCGGAAGGAACUGCGCCGCCUGAUUUCCCACUUCCUCAAGCUCAACGCGGAGAUGACGGGCUCCUCCAGCAAGGUUCUCACACAGCUGCAGGCCAAACUGCAUUAUCUAGAUAUAAUCGCUAGCUUACCAAGCUACGGAGCCAAAUGCUUCAGCACAAACCAAAGAGAGGGCGUCGAACGCGUCCUGCUGGUGAGUCCACGCUUUGGACUGAGCCAAAUAUCCAGUGCCCGCAAUUCGGUGCAGCCCCAGCCUAUUUCCGCCAUCGAGGACUUCACCCAUGUGGUGGUGAAUCGCGAGGAUGAUGUAACCUGCAGCGUAUCCAUAUUCAUGCUCGGAGAUCGUGCCGUGAAGUUCAUCAUGGAGGAUCGCGAUGGCUGCGAGUUCAGCCUUGUCCUUGGUGGCUACUACCGACUGCUCACAGGUAAUGUGUUAAAUAUUCUGAGGGAACGGGAACCGAACGACGAGGACAAUGCGCCCGGCUUUCUGUCCCAGCACACAGUGCUCCCAGCGGGAUGGAGCUACCUGCUGCCCUUCCACACGCGAGCGCACAGCGUCAACUUCCUAAUGGCGCCACCCUACCAUCCGCUGGUCCAAAGGGGUCAGCUGCAGCAGCAAUCCUCCAUUCAGGCGCCAACUUCACUGCCCUACGUCAUGGACCUGGACCUGCACAGUGUGAUGGCCACCGAGCUGCUGGAGGAGGCGGCCAAGGAUUCGGGACUGAGUGACAGCAGUGGUAGCAACUACUGCGAGGGACGCAGCCACUUGGGCAGCCAUCAACUGGAGGCCAAGAACGAGCAGGUUCUGCGACGGGUUCAGGAACUGCAGCAUCUAGUUCAGACCUCCGAGCAAUAUCUGAGUGAGCAGGAACAGGGCGGCGGCGGAGGAGGCGUGGCCAUGCUGGAAUUCGAUUCGGAUUGCGAUAGUCUCAACAGCAGCAAGGUUUCCUCGACGGAGGGCUCGCAAGGUGGCACGAUUCUGGGCCCAGGAGGAGGCAUUCCGCCAGGACAUCCUCUGAAACAUAGUGACUCCCUAACGCUGCUGGCGGAGACGAUUAACCACGAGUUGAGUGGCAUAACGCAGGGAUUGAACGCUAUUCCCGAGUCUGCUCCCGUUUCCACCUCUGCUCCUCCGACUCCGGCUACGCCCAAGCGAAAGCCAAGUCUCUGCAGCACUUCCAGCCCGAGACCGCAAAGGAAAUUGAAUGGCUUCAGCCAGCUGUUGAGCGACUUGCAAGCCCUGGGCACCGAUUUCUCCCAGAGCGAAAGCGAUUCGGAGUCCGUGGCCUCACCGGCGCAGUCUCCUACAACCAGAAGACCACAAAUGAUGCUGCUUCAGGCAGCGGGAUCAUCCUCUGGAUCCGGAUCCUCUGGCUUGGCACCAGCCAAACAGCAACUCUCGCAAAGGAGCAGCUUUGGCCUGCACAGUCCCGAUGGCACACAUUUCGGCGCCGAGACCAAGGACUACAAUCUGAGGGAGUAUCUGCAGCAGCUGAAGGAGAUUAGCAAUGCGGCAUCUGCGGACACGGACGUUGCUGCCCGUCAGCUAUCCGAGAUUUAUGGAUUUGAAGUGAGGGAAGAUACAUUCAUUGAAACCGAUACGGAUCUCAUAGAUCUGCGUGCCAUUCCGCCACCUCAAACCCCCGACGAGUUGGAUUCCCUGUCCCUGAUGAAUGCAGCACCCCCGAAGGGAUUCGAGGGCAAGGCUGAGGAGCUGGACAGUUUCCUGCAGCAGAUUAUGGUGGCACCACCCACGCAGAAAGCGACACCCGCCAAGGAACUGACCCCCGAGGAGAUAAUGUCGUUCAUCAUACCACCACCGCCGAAUUUGGAGCAACAGCAGGUGGUUCCAGCGGUCGAAACUGAGUGCCUGUAUAGCAACUCUGUUCAGGCAAAGAGGGAGUUCUUUCAAUCCGUGGCCAAUGGCAACAAUGGCAGCAUUGGCAACAACGGAAUGUCUGGUGGUCACUCACCCCACGUUAUCGAGUACGCCACUGUGGAGAGGAAGAGCAAGUUCAGCUGUUGUCCCACCAGCAAAAAGGAUGAGCAGCCGGGUCAGGAGGAACUGCAACCACCGCCCAGAACACCCACUACCGAGCAACUUUCACCGCCGCCGGCGAGACCACCGAAAAGUGCCGAACUCCUGCAGCGCUACUCGCCCAAAAAACAGGUGCGUAUUGCCGCCAGCCCAGUGAUGCAGCCGCAGGAGCGGCGGGAGCUAUGUCCACCACAGCUGCCGCCGAGGGGAAGUCCCACGCUGGAUGGCAGCCAGAGCAGUCCCACGAACCCGGUGAGUGGCCCCAAGAAACCCCCGUUGCCGCCCAUCGCCUGUCGCCCGCGUCCUUCGAACGGAGUGAAUUCUCCGAACACCUCAUCACCCGGCUCAGCACCUCCUGCCCACUACUCACCACCCAUUCCGGCCACCGUUCGUCUGCCCCACUUGAACCAAGCCAACGGAACACUUCCCCUGCUCCCCAAGAAACCGCAGCAGCUGCACGGCGAGAAGUUGUUCAUCAAGAACGGUCACCUAAUUGAUGGCGAGGCGCUGCUGGCCAAAACGGAUGUGGCCAUGGCCGGCCUGCUAAUUAAGUUGGACCAGGUGGCCGCCCAGUGUUCGGUGGCCCAGGCGGCAGGAGGCGGCACCUCCAUCGACGAGGAGAAGUUCCAGCGCGCCAGGAACGAGCUCACCGAACAGACCUUGGCCCUGGUCACAGCCAGCAAGUUCCUGGUGGCCUCCAUGUCGGACAUGACAUUGAUAACGCUGCCAGAACAUCUGACUUCCUGCCUGACGGCCAUUCGAAGGAUUACGGAGCUUGCCCAGGAUAUGACCAGGCACACCUCGGCUCCGUUGCAGACCAGGAACAUAGUGCUCAAAGUACACGAUGUGGCGAGUAGCUUCAGGGAGCUGGUGGGCGUCGAGAUCGGACCCAUUGGGGCAGGUCAAUUGGCCCUCCAGGCCGAGUGUCUGGCCAAUGUCCUGGCCACUCUGCUGAGAUCCCUGCGCGUGUUCUCUCCAUAACCCAGAGAGAACGAGGGAAGCGGCAAUGCAGAGGCAAUCGAAAGCCUUAGCGGAAGCGAAGUCCGAAGUGAAAGUGAAACCCGAAAUAGCAAUGUAUCCAGUCCCGGUUCCGACAUAUCGCACGCUCGUCUGUCUAUGUGUAAAUCUCCUUACACCACCUACGUCUAGAUGUGCAUGAAGCCCCGAAACAUAUUGAUCCACAACUACAUCGACUCUCGAAACUAAUUUACAGGUAAAGGGCCGCGUCAGAGAAUCGAUGGUCUGAUGGCUCUUUAGGCUUAGCCACGCUUUAUCCUCACCCGCGACUAAUAUCGAAACUGGAAUGUGGCAGCUCAUCGGAGGGCAUCUUAGUCGAUGUGGUGGAGUGGGUUUGGAGAUCUUAGGGAUAGGUUUUGCCGCAGUACAUAUCGCACAGAUGAAUGGCCAAGAAUAUUUCAAGGGAAUUAAACCUAAAUAUCUGUAACAUAUCUAAAAGUUCAUUUCUUUAGACUUGCUUACCUUACCUAAGAACAUUCACCCUAUUACAGUUUUCAAAUUAGCAAAACGUACAAUAUAACAUAUCAAUUUAUGUCUUUCAAGUGAUUAAGUUCUGCAAAUGUGUGCAUUCGGCGGUUUUUAGGACACCUGCGAUAUUCUUUAUUAUUCUUCCCAAUUGCCAUAUCGAAUCAUAAAUCCCUAUAUCUCAAUCGUGACACCACAUCGCUAGGACCUUCUUAAAACAUAUUUCUAAAUAUCAAACGAUUAAAUAUCACAAAAGGAACACUCUCUUAACUUAACGCAUGCAACUAACUCGAAUUUCUCUAUAAUCUCCUAAAAAACAUCUAUUUUUAACUACAUUUAUAUCACUCGUAUCGUUAGUACUGCUCUGUAUACCAAGUCCUUGAAACUAGAACUCAACCAAAAGAGGAACCCGAUUUAAUGAAACACCAUGACUUGAUUAUCUAGACCAAUUUAUAUGAGAAACUUACGGAAAUAUGUUUAUUAAAUUAUGCUAUUAGUAUAUUUUCUUAUGUACAUAAUUUACACACUUACCUACUACCAUAUAUACAUACAUACAUAUACAAGUACUAUACAUAUAAAUAUUAUAAUAAAAUUGACCAAACAAUAAUCAAAAUUUUAACUUGUGAUAUAAAAAAUGGAAAAAGUAAAAGCAAAAAAAAAAUGAAUGAUUGAAAAUAAAACUUUUACAUUUUCUUUGUUUGACAGCAAAUGUUUUAACAGAAUUAUUUUAUAUGUUCGUUGUUGUUAGGAACGAUCAACCAUUUUGUUAUUGUUUAUGUGUCAUAUCUUUUGUUGUAGUUGUUGCUAAAGUACAAGAAUGCGCACUAAGUUGUAGCUUUAACUAAUUAUAUUAUGUAUAUUAUGGUACGCAAUAUGAUUAAACUUUAAUCAAAGUAAGCAAAAACUCAAGAAUAAUCCGUUUAAAUAUAACUAAUCGAUAACCAA